UUUUCUUUUCAGACAAGAGCAAAAGUCGAAGAUCUCUGCCUCCCGUAAGCUCAUGCUAAAGAGCUUAAUGGUGGCCAAGGCGAAGGAGGAGAUCGAGCAGGAGACAGUGGAUAAAGAGGAGGAGAAGGAGAGGUAUCUGGCUGAGAGAGCUCCUCCCUUGCAGACUGGUGGCAUGUCGUUUGCUGAGCUCCAGGUGUUAUGUCAGGAGUUACAUGCUAAGGUUGAUGUGGUGGAUGAGGAGCGAUACGACAUUGAAGUCAAAGUCAUGCACAACACCAGAGAGAUCAAGGACCUGAACAUCAAGGUUCUGGACCUGAGGGGGAAGUUCAAGCGGCCCAACUUGAGGAGAGUGAGGGUCUCUGCUGAUGCCAUCCUGCGCUCCCUUCUGGGCUCCAAACACAAGGUCUCCAUGGACCUCCGGACAAACCUGAAGUCAGUUAAGAAGGAGGACACAGAGAAGGAGAAGACAGUAGAGGUCAGUGACUGGAGGAAGAAUGUGGAGGCCAUGUCUGGCAUGGAGGGCAGAAAGAAGAUGUUUGACGCAGCCAAAGGCCCCGCUCCAUAGACACAGAAGAGAAUACUAAACAUUUGGUUACCUUCGGUUUCGUGUUUCUUUCAUUGUUAUUAGUCACGGAUAUUCAAAAUGUACGAAUGGUUGUCCUUUUUAUCUCUUGUGAGUGUAUCUCCUUUGUCUUUCAGUGCCACUAAUACAAUUGUUUUAUUCUUUGUUCAGCAUGGUUAAUACAGCACAAGCUGUAGGCUAAUCACAAUUUUAUGUUAUUUCGUUAUGGGUGAAAAAGGGCAUGAAGACAAUUUCUGCUCCUUACUGAUAAUAUUGUCCUGAGAAUAAAUGAUAAAGUAAGGUAAGCCAGCUUUACUUUAAAGCUGAAUAUGCUUUAGAUGUUUUGCUUGCUGUACAUUCAUCGUGGAAUAUCCUUCUACUACAAUAAAAAUACGAUCAUUUA